AGUUUUUUAAAAAUAUUUAAUUAUUGUAUUGCAAUAAAUUAGAAACCUAUUACAAUUGAAACAUGGAUACUUUAUCGACGGGUUCGUUGAGCGGCACACAAAAGGAGGAGUUGAUGGACCAGGUGAAACAGCAGAUUGCCAUCGCAAACGCACAAGAGCUCCUUACGAAGAUGUCAGAGAAAUGCUUCAAAAAGUGCAUCAAUAAGCCGGGGACCGCGUUGGACAAUUCCGAACAGAAAUGUAUAGCGAUGUGUAUGGACAGAUAUAUGGACGCAUGGAACCUGGUGUCGCGGACGUAUAGCAGUCGGAUCCAGCGAGAAAGAAACAAUAUGUGAUCUUCGCGGGUGAUUUAAGUUGCAUUAAUGUAAAUAUAGAUGACAUAGUAGUACAGCAUGUUUCAGAUUGUGCAUUGGAGUCGCUGUAACAGUUUUGUUAAUGUGUUCAAUAAAAUGUAUUUUAGGUUUGUUGCUUGUUUCACUUAAGUGUUGUUACAUAAGAUUGUACAUGUAUUGCAGCAUCGGAUGCGUUUAUCAGCUACAGUGAUACAUAGAAAUUAUUCCAAUCUAGUUUGAAAGUAACUACAACAUAGUUAUAUAUUGUUAAGAAAUAUAGAGAUUAUAAAACUUGUUUCGAAGUACAAGAACAAAUGUAAAAUAUAAUAUUGGAACAUGGCGAGUGUUAAAAUUACUUUUCUCGACUGAUUUCUAGAGAUUGUAAC